GGGUUGGCAUAAGCUAACACAUGAGCUAAUGUUAACGUUAGCAGAAGGCUUCAUAUUCGCAGCGAUCAGUUUCGACAUCUGUCAGAACGAAACUCGGUGCUAGUUGUUGUCCUCAGGAUAGAUACAUUAUAUAGCUGUUAAACAUUUUGGUUUUUUCGUUACCCGGAACCAGCUAAUUAGCAACAUUGGUUAAAUCAAGCUAAUAUAAUAAACAUUAGCCCGCUAGCUCACCUAGCUUAAUGUUAACUGUUAGAAAGAUAAUCUCGUCGCUGCCGUAGCCUGACAAGCUAAAUUUGUUAUUUUAAUUAGCUAAACCACAGUGAAGUGAGCCUGUUUCCUCACUACUUAUACGAUUUCAGGGCUCUGGCCCCUUCUUCAGCAGCUGAAGCACACCAGCCCUGUCCUCUCUGAUCCACGUCCACGGCCUUCAUCCGCACUGAGCCAUGACUACCCAAAGGGAUCUUGAUAUGGUGCACCUCCGCCUCAUCCUGGUCAGUGGGAAAACACAAGACUUCACUUUCUCCCCAAAUGACUCGGCCACAGACAUCGCCAAGCAUGUAUUUGAGAACUGGCCUGAAGGAUGGGAGGAGGAGAGGGUGAGCAGUCCCAAUAUACUGCGCCUCAUCUUCCAGGGACGCUUCCUUCAUGGCAACGUUACCCUGGGAGCUCUGAAGCUGCCACCGGGCCGAACGACCGUCAUGCACUUGGUUGCCAGAGAGACCCUCCCGGAGCCCAACUCUCAUGGUCAAAGGAACAGAGAAAAAACCACAGAGAGCAACUGCUGCCUCCUCUUGUAAAGAAACAGAAACGACCCCCUAACCCAACCUCACACACACAAACGCACACACGCACACAUUACACACGCAUAUAAACAUGCACACACCCUGUUCUCUCCUGCCUGUCAUCCUGUCGGCUGGGGAUUUGGAAUAAAUCACAGGAAGUCUGGUUGGAGCUUUCAACCGCUUUCGGUUGAACGCUUCUCCAAUCUGAGGCUUUUUUUUUGUGCCAAUAUAUUCACUUUUCCCCCCCAAAACUUCUACUGUGUCGGCAGAAUUUGCUGUGUUAUUAUUUUUAAUUUGAAGAUCAUGACAUUAAACGAUACCCUGUGCUCCCUCACGGACCUUGACAAGUUUUAAAGAGCUCUCAUACGUAGUGGAAAAUACCCGGGACGUCUUCUUCUUUAUGGACACAGAGCUGCUGUAAAGGAGUUUUGGGCUAUUACCCUUCCCUACUAGUCACAUGGAUGUUUCCCCUACUGAAUGGCGUUAACCUUCUCAUUGCACUUAACCAGUUUGUUAAUUCAGAAAUGUUUAUCGUGUUUCAUCGCCAUCAUCUUUUCCCCCAAUAACUUGUUUUUUGUUUUAUUUUUGGUCAGAGAAACGGACCUUGAUUCCCCAUGUGGUAGAAAAUGUGCCAUCCUCCUCAUGAGACUGUUUCUCACUAACUGAAUCGGGCGGUCUGUAUCAGCACCAGUGGCGUUUGUGCCAUUACCUUACACCUGUUUGUUCCUGGAAAUUGACCAAUGGCGAAAAUACCUUUAUUAGGAAGAGUAAACACCUGAGGGGACGUUCAGGUUCAAACGGGAAAGGACUGUAAAACAUGGAGUCGGCGGGUUGCUUGUGGUGCCACCAGGUGUCGUGUUCGCACCUCUGGCUUUGACUUUAUUGACUAGGCUGUCGAUGUUCCCUGGCAACGGGAGCCGACGCCGCGGGCCAGUUAAACGCAGACAGAAGAAGCGGUUGAAGAUGUGAGGGAGGACUGUCGUUGGUGUGAGACCCUCCUCUACUGGACACUGAGAUCGAAGCAGGGGCAAAGUUUCUCCCACUUGGAUGAAAGUAAAAAGUAAAAUGUUUUGGUGGUGUUUCACCUCCUUUUCAUUUGGAUGCUGUCUUUACUUCUUGUUUGCCUUUUAUCGUGGAAUUCAGUAAUAUCAUUAAUAUUGAAAUUUAAAUAUAUCGAUUUUUAUCUUGUGUAUAGGUAUUUGUUAAAUUUUAGUGUGGGUGAGUCUGUAUGUGAGUGUGUCUGAGGGUGUGUGAUGCACGUGGCAUACUGUAUGAGGACUAGUGGGGGCAUGUGGUCUUAAAAAAAAGGUGGUGCAGGUUGAUGGGCUGCGGUUUCUUCAGAAACAGUCGGAAACCUUUUGAUUCCUUCCAUUGAGUGUCCUUUGGUUUGUGUUUUUGUCAAUCAAUGUCACUGCUAUGAAGUUUAGCUCAGUAUGAAUAAAUGUAAAAACUAAAAUCAAUGUGGUCUACAUAAAAGCUUGUAUUAUAAAUUAAUAAAUCUUUAAAUAAG